AUGGCCUUGGUAGAAGGAAUUCCUAUGCAUCUUUGGACUGGGGCUAUAGGUUUGUGUAUGGAUGUGGAGCAGGAGAAAGGGAAUGUCCCAGACAUCUUGUGGGAGGAUGGGAGGCAGGUUCCCGAGGGGCCUUCUAGUGGUAUUGUCCCUUUGGCACCAAAUUUUUCUAUGGAUGUAGUUGAUGAUACCAUUUUGGCUGACUUGGCUAAGGAGGCAAAAACCCAAGAGUAUGCCCCUACCCCUUUUGCAAUUCAAUCUAUCAAUGCUGGGGAUGACCUUCCUUCAACAUUGCUACAAGUUUUGUCAUUUCAGAAAAUGCAAAACAACACAGAUGAUACUGAAAGACAUAAAUUAGUGUUAUCUGAUGGCACAUACAUGCAGUUGGCAGUCUUGCCUUCUAAAUAUGAUACUCUGAUAGAUUCAGAUAUUCUAAAAAUAGGCACAAUAGUCCAGUUAUCGAGUUAUACAUGCCGAUACAUAUGGAACACAAGGACUAUUGUAAUACUUAGUCUGGAAGUGAAACAAAGUGAUUGCCCAUUCUUUGGUAAACCAAAUAAAUGGACAAUCAAAGGGAGAGUUACUCAUAAACGCCCUAUUAAGACAUAUAGCACAGCCACAAAAAAUGGCCAUGUGUUUAGCUUUGACAUUGUUGACUGUGAGAGCUGUGAAAUUAGAGUCACAUGCUUUGAUGAAAUAGCUCAGUUACACUCUAACCGUGUGGACGAAGGUUCACAUUAUAUUAUCUCAAAGGGAUCCAUUAAGGAGGCAAAUGCGAGGUACAACAAACUAAAUAGUCAUUUAGAAAUCAUCUUGUUUGAUGCAUCCAGACUAAAAUGUUGUAGCAACAAAGAACAAGCAGAUCAACAACGUCCUCUUUUCACGCCCAUUAGUGAAUUGUUUCAUCUAACAAAUAACACGUUGGUUGACAUAAUUGGCCUUGUUUUAUACGUUGGAGAUAUCAUUCCAAUACACAGGAAUGAUGGCAGUCAAAUAUUGAAACGUGUUGUGAAAAUUAAUGAUCUAUCUAGUUCAACAAUUGACAUCAACCUAUGGGGUCCAAUGGCAGAACAAAAAGGCCUAGAAUUGAAAAAUAUGUUAACCAAUGAUAGUGUGGUUAUCCUUGCUUUGUGUAAUGCUCAUGUUGGCUAUUUCAAUGGGAAGUUUAUAAACAUAAUAGCUGCAACCACAUUACAUAUCAACCCAACUUUUCCAGAAGCAGAACCUCUAACAUUAAGAGGAAAGGAGCCUUUGCUUAUUGUACCCUUUAUUGCAGAAACUAUCCACAUAGAUGGGAAAUAUACUAGAAUGACUAUUUCUUCAAUCUGUGAGAGGAUGAGUAUCAAACCAGAAACAAUUUAG